GACCAAAGGCUAAAUAUAGACCUACACACUGGAUGCUUGCUGAAAAAUUGAUCAAUUGUGAGGUUGCUAGUGGAAACAGUCACAGGCCAAUAGAGUGUGUCUGUAACUGGAGCUCUGGGUCCAAACAGUAGACGUUCCAAACAGACGACUGCUAGAGUGUAGGAAAAUGGCCCCAGGGAAAACUAAAGACAUAUCCAAAGGUAGCAAAAUAACAAAAGAAGAUGAUAGAUCUGACCAAAAGGGCAAUGUCAAACCAGACCUGUGUGACCGAGGAGGCUGGUGGAUGGGAACGCUUAAAGACACGCCCAUCCCAGGUAGCUACCACAUCCGGGACUUCCUUGAGGAGGCAAGUCUGAACCCGGUGGGGAAGACGUAUGGCUUCAAGGCUCGGGGCAGGGAGAUUCAGCUGCUGUAUGUGCGUAAGGGAGACCUGCUGCUGCCUGGUGCCUACAGCUUCACAGACUCCAUCCAGGAAGCGCUCCUUCGCAAGACCAGCUACUCCUUCAAGAACUGCCCUCGCCCCCUUAACUACACCCUGGGCAUUAGGGACAAGGAGAUAGACCUUUCACCUUGUCACUACAAUGUGAUAGACAAGCCAGUGCCCAAGACACCUUGCAAGCAUGGAAUAUUCCGUUCAGCAGUUCAGCGUGUCAGCUUUCUUCCUAGGGAGGGACCUGCUCCAGGACACUACAAUCCAAAGUCCAGCCCCACCAACAGUAUAACUUCCUGUUUUAGGUCCACCUUGCCCCGCCUACACAGUGUGCGCUCAAGGACCCCCGGACCAGGGACCUACGAGCCCUCCUGGCUGAUGGGCCAUCGUCUAGGAACAGAGGCCAACAUGGCCCGAGCCCACGGCCUCUUCUUCCGCAGUGUGUUCUAGCACCGCAUCCCCCAGAAACACCCUGUCCUACUCUGACUACCUAAUUCGCUCACCCUCACUGACUGACAGAUUGCAUGUGACACAGGGUGAUGCUGUUUAUUUUUCCUUUCAGUAAAAAAAAAAGCCUGUGUGCCUG